AUGGCUGAGGAGGUGGCGUCACCGGCACUGGCACCGGCAGAGGUGGAGGUUCGGUCUGUGAUUGAGCAGAAUCCAAAUCCAGUAGGUAGAAUUUUGAGUGUGGAUAAAUCAGGAUUAAUGGUGAAGAGCUUCAUGGGACUAAGAAACAAGAUGAAUUCUACAUGGUCUAACAAAUUCAACAAAACUGUGAAGUUAAUAGAUGUUGGGGAGGAGCUGCCACUUUCAUCACUACCACCCAGAGUAGCUCGACUUAUUUCCACGCCACCUCCACCGCCGCCACCAUCACUGGCCGCUGUCGCCUCCUUUAAUGCCUAUGAAUACUUCUGGCGGAAAAAGACAAGCUUCAUCACUACUCCACAAUGCAUUCCCCUCAAAAACAACCACAAGAUUGCCCAUUUCAGUGGUGAAAACACGUAUGAACACCAAGAUUUGGUGCUCAUUAGCCCUUUGUCGAGGGGAUGCAAAGAGCAAAGGAAGUCUCUAUUAAUUUGGGAGCCAUACUGCAUUGCCACCUCCUAA